UUCAUCUCAGCAUUUGCACUGCUCUUCAUGGAGGCCCCAAGUUACGAUAUUCUCCAAUCUCUAAAGGACCAUCCAGUAUUCUGGAUAGCCGUUUCCAUUGCCUGGGUCGCGAGUUGCGCUUUUGUCUGGAAGCUGGAACUCAUGGCGCUUGAACGAAACACGGCAUGCCAGGCAAACGAUCUUCUCGAGUCGGGCUCCAAAGAGUUUCGCAAUGUCGACGAACUGAAGAAGCUGCCAUGGUAUACUCCAGAAAUCGGUUCCAAGCUGAAUGAGACCAUGAGGGUCUUGUUGGAAGAGUACGCUGGUGUUUCGCGGUAUCACCAGGAAGAGCACAUCUACCGAGUCCGCGAUGCAGCCUUUGAAGCACUCCCGAUCGGCACGAUUGGCGAGUUCUGGUUCCUCGUCCUUGGACUGGCCGAACAUCCAAUGUACAACCGCAUCGUCGAGCGGCUCACAUCUGCUACAAGCGGGGCUCCACCAACGCUGAUAGAUCUGGGCACCUGUCUUGGUCAAGACAUUCGCAAGUUGAUCCACGACGGUGCAAAACCCACGCAGCUGCUGGGUAUCGACAAAUAUCCCCAAUUCCUGAGUGUCGGCUACGAGCUGUUCCGGGAUUAUUCGAUCACAAAGUCGUGCUUUCACCCAGCAGAUCUCUUCGCUGUGGAUAAAAGUAGCAUGCUCAACAUGUCAAAAGGGUCCUGGGAUAUUGUCGCUUCCGCCCAGGUGCUGCAUUCGUUUGACUGGGACAAGCAGAAGCAAGUAAUCAAGCUCAUGUUCCAGUUGGCGCGUGGCCAAGGAAGCUGGCUAGCCGGCUUGCUUGCGGGUGGUCUACAAGGCCAUUCAGUUCCUGUGCCGCCGCCCUUGGUUCCCGCUGGCGUCCAUGUGGAGCGUUAUAUUCAUUCGGCAGCAACCUUGAGAGACAUUUUCCAGGAGGCAGCUGCCGAAGCCAACAUAUCUGUUAGUAUUCAAGUUGCGUAUCAGGAGGACCCCAAUAGCCUGUAUACGAGGGAGAUCACAAAAGGUUUCUUCACGGAGCCCGACUCCCGUCUCUUGUUUUAUUUUGUCGAAAUUCUCUGAGCGUUCGAUUGCACGAGCAAUGAUGAGUCGUCUGUAGGAAAUAGGCUGCAUGGGAGACAUGUUUGGGAACUCAGUUAGCUACCUAGACGCUUGGCGCGUCAUGACGUCACGAGCAAUGCAAUGCAAGCAAAGCCAGAUACC